CGUCAUAUAAGUUGACAACCGUUCCUUCAAUAGUUGCUCGAUACAAUGAUCAUCGUUUCAUUGCACAUAAACGGCAAAGACCAUUUUUUCAUACUACCCAAAGAAACAGCUAAAAAAAUGCUGGUAGACGCCGCUUUCACAGAAGUGUAUUUCCAGCAGGCAGUUAGACUGCUGUACCUCGACCGAUACCCCGAAGGGGGUCAAGUUACCAACUUACAAAUUCGCAAACGAAUACCACGUGAAGUUCCCGCGGAUUACAUCACGAAAUUCGGAUUCUGGAAAAAUCACAAAAUCCUAGAGAGUAUCAGGAAAAAGAAAGAGGCGGAUCAUCCAGUCGAUGUCAUCCAAAAAUGUAUCGGAGUAUUCGGACGUUGGCACCUAGGCGUCUACUUACUGGUACUGCUCUGCAAGUUCCCAGUAGGUUUCCAUCAGCUUUGCAUAAUCUUUAUCGGUCACAAAACCAACUACGAGUGUGCCGAUAACACCACAGACAAGUGCUCAGAGAACUGCACCAGCUACACUUACGACAAAUCCAUCUUCUCCAACACCAUAACCAUGCAGUGGGACCUGGUGUGCGAGCGAGAGCAUCUAGUCAGCCUGGCACAGACCAUAACGAUGCUGGGCAUCCUGGUAGGCAACCUCCUCUUCGGCUAUCUCUCGGACAUCUUUGGCAGGAAAAAAAUGCUGAUGUGCGAGGUGGUCAUUCAAGCCGUAGCCGGAAUAGCUACGGCCUUGUCGCCAUGGUUCUGGCUGUUCCUAGCCACGAGGUUCAUCACAGCCGCAGCGACCGGAGGCACCAUGGUGUCCAGCUUCGUCCUCAUCAUGGAAAUAAUCGGUUGGAAGCGCAGGACCGUCGCUGGAAUCCUGUACCAGAUACCCACCAGCUUGGGCCACGCUCUGUUGGCUCCCAUCAGCUAUGCUUUGAGAGAUUGGAGGUGGGCGCAGGUGGCCAUAUCAGCCCCGUCUGCCCUGAUGGUGUGUACCUACUGGAUGCUACCAGAGUCACCGAGAUGGUUGUUGUUGAUCGGAAGACGCGACCGAGCUGUCAAAGUGCUUCAGAGUGGAGCCAAGCACAACAAGAUGCCCACCGAACACAUCGAGCAAGAAGUGGACAAGCACUUAUCCCACGACAGUCGUUCCACAGAAGUCCAUAAAACCGGACAUAUCUUCGAGCUGUUCGAGACCCCCAUCAUGAGGAAGUACACGCUGGCUAUAUGCUUUAAUUGGUUGGUGGUGGGUUUGUACUUCUUCGGGUUGUGCCAGUACGUGUCGCAGUUUGGCGGUGACGUUUUCCUCAACGUGGGGUUCUCAGGGCUCGCCCAAAUACCAGGCACCCUCUUCUCGUGCUGGUGCACUAAGGCGUGGGGUAGGAAGUGGAGCCUCAUAACGGCCAACCUCAUCGUAGCUGCCACCUGUUUGACCUUGACCAUGGUGACGUCGAUAGAGCCUUACGACUGCGCCGUGGCCGUGAUUGGUUUGUUCGGUGCUAUGCUCGCCUUUUCCACGGUUUAUGUGUAUUCUGGCGAACUGUUUCCUACUACGUUGAGGAAUUUCGGGGUUGGGCUGUCGUCCACUUCUGCUAGGAUAGGGUCCAUGGUGGCGCCUUUCGUGGUGGGGCUGGACGCGGUUCGAUUGUUUCUGCCGCCUUUGAUUUUCGGGGUGUUCGCCUUGGUUGGCGCUGGGGUGUGUUUCUUGUUACCAGAGACUUUGGACUGUGAUCUGCCCAAGACUGUGGAGGAUGUCGAACGGUCUGCGAAAGUGAAAUCAACAAGGAGAGAAGGAAAUAAUGCAGUGAACUGAUGUCCCUAUUAUUAUAUCUAAUGCAUACUUAGUUUUAAGAACUAUUAAAAUUUUCUCGAAAACCUUUCAGCUACUUUUAUCGGUUGCCAUCGCGACGAUAGUGAUCUCAAUUACGUCCAUCAAACUUCAAUGAUAGUCAAAAUCCUAGGAAAUAAACGAUUAGGUUAAAAAUGUAUGAUUGGUACUGUCAUAGAAGAGUUCUUAUUUCAGUUAUCGAAAUGGUAAUUGAGAUAAUAUUAUGUCUAUGUAAGUUGUGAAUCUCUCUUGGAAAGUAUUUUGUCUAGAUGAAGCAAUUUCAGUGGUCUGCCUAAAUUUUCGAACUGGCCAUUCGUCGAACCUCACUUAUGGAGUUCUCAAUCUUGACUCACAAUUCAACCAUUCGGUCCAUAAGAGAGCAGGAGAUCCAGUUCUAAUAAUAGAGUGUCUGCAAAACUGUCCUCCAUUCGUCCCAGUUUGUGAUGUUCACCAGCAAGUCAUAAUCGAGGCUGCUUGCACUGAAAAUUGCGAGGGCAUGACUAACGACAACUUUUUGUGGACCGUAAACGAUGACGAAUUCGACUACGACUCUGGCGCCAACGAAUUCGGCAGGAAUAUGAAUAUAUUCAUCAUAAACGAGAACGCCUUGAAAGCUGGAAAGUCGUAUCACGUCGAAGUAGUUUUCACAGGGCAGUUGACUAGUAAAGCUAGUACAUGGCUUAUGACGCAUCAAGGUCCAGAGUUGCUUUCGGUUAAAAUUUCUCCGAAUGUUGGGGAUGCAUUGAGGACGAAAUUCAUUCUGGCUUGUGAACCCGGAAAUGGACCUUAUGUGUUCGAGAUAUACGCCUUAUCAGAAAAAUCAGAAUUUCUGUUACAAAAAGGGGGAAGAUGUAGUGAAAUGCCUUUAUACUUGAGCAGCGAAAUAAAAAAAGUGAAAGUGAAGAUGAUAGAUGAGUACCAGUAUUUCGAUUCAAAAACUGUUGAUGUCACGGUUAAUCCGGUAUUGGGACCUGUAACGUCUGAAAAAGAAUUGGAACUCGAAAUAAAGAAACAAUAUUUCGAUUCAUCCUCGCCAGAUUCAAUAUCAAAUUUGAUCGAAUCCCAAAAUUACGAUCAGCUAUUGCAAGUGCUCAAUGUGUUCUGUGACGAUUUAGAGAAAAUCUCGGAAACUGUUGACGGUGCGGAUACUGUCAAAAAAUAUCAAAUCGAAAUUUUAAAUAUCCUGGGUGAGGCACCGAUGUUGUCUAGAGAAAGAACGAAGCAAGCAGCUAGUAUUGCAAGAAAAAUAGCUAAAUCUGUCGAGCUGAAGUCUGAUCCAGACAUAGCAAGAAGCGCUAGUAAAGUUUGUGAAGAAGCAGCUGCUAAAAAUUUAGAGCUUCUUCAGGAAGAAAAAUAUCCUAAGAGUUUGGAAGAAGAUAUCCUAGAAGACUCAAAGAUGUAUGCCGAAUGUUCUCAGUCUGGCACAGCUCCGAACAUGGAGAUAUUGGAGGUAAAUGAUACUAUAUCCGAGCCUCCCACUCCUUUUCCUGUCAUGGAUAUCCCAGCUAUCGUUGAGGAUUAUCCAGAUUAUGUCGAUGACCAAAACAUUUCGCAAAUAUUGUCAAAAUACGAGGAAUCGAGCGAAAGUUUGGUGGAACUCUGCUAUCUGAACUCGAAAACUCUGGCUCUGUCAGUGUCUGUGAAAGACGUACGAAAAUCUGUGGCCUACCAAAAUUUUGAGGUUACCGCUACCAAAGCGUACGGUGUAAAUGUCCCAGAUAUCACAGUUUCGUCACAGAACGUUGAACUUUUCGCGUCUGGAGAUUUUGUCAAAUUUGGUAAAAAAGAAGUUGAAAUUCUGCUGUGCACGAGUACGAAGAAUCCAUUUUGGUGGAUUAAAAAACAACCAACAAUCACAUCUGUGGCAAUUCUACAAUUUCAAGCAGAACAGAAGAUAAUUGACAAAUUUAAUGAUCCGGUUUCCAUAAUUUUCGAAAAUUGCGAUACGAACCAGACUUUGAUUUACCAUAAUAGUACAACUCCCCGCUUAGUUAAUACCAAUAGCAACAAUAAAGAGUCGGAAGAUUUGGAAAAAUUCGUAAUUUUCCGUUUAGAUGUUCUCAAAAAACGAGGGUAUUUCAUAGAAUUUCAAGAUCUGGCAGAAGGCGUUUGCUUGGAUACAGCUGAAUCUUCUUCGAAAGAAAAGAUUCAUUGUCUGUGCUAUCAUUCGUCUAUUUUGACUGGAAGAAUAAUGAAUAACGUUGUUAGAGAAGAAGAAGAUGACGAUUUUGUUGAACACGAGUUGGAAAUUCAAGCUAGCUAUAUUGUUUUUCUGUCUGUGGCAGUUGUGUUUUUUAUUUACUGCGUGACCUUGACCUAUUUUUCUUUUACCUCAAAAAAUAACAAGGAACACGUUCUGAACUUUCCAGACCCUGAUAAAAAACUCCUGCAGAAAAACCAGGAAGAUUGGUUUUUCAUGGCAACUGAGAAUUAUUUGGGAGAUAUCGAAAAAAUUGAGCUGUGGUUCGACUCUCUAGGUCUAAGACCUUGCUGGUAUUGUCGGGAUAUAAGCAUAAUUGACCUCCAAAUGAAAAAAUAUUGGUAUUUCAACGUCGAUUACCUAUUCGAAAUAUCAGAAAAUAAAGAAAAUUUCUUCUGUACAGCUUAUCCCACAAAAAAAGAGCAGAAACCCAUGAAAGCUAAUUUAAUAUUUGAAAAAAUUUCAAUGGGUUUGCAAGGACCUCACAUGUGGAAUAUAUUUGAGUAA